AUGGCGGACCUUCUAGAGAGCCAAGAUGGCCGGCAGGGCCACGACGACAAGCAAAUCAGGGAAGAUGUCAAUGCGCCUCAGCUUCCAGCAGCUAGCCUACAUGGAAAGAGCUUCGUGCAGAAAGUCCUUAUGGCGGGACGGGUCGAGGAGGGUGGAAUACAGCCCAUCCCGCUCGAGGCCCGGACAAACACCAAGUACUUCAAUGCUUUCACGAUUUGGUGCUCAGUCAAUACCAACAUCCUGGCCAUCACAUUCGGUAUGCUGGGCCCGGUUUCCUUUGGACUCGGUCUCCGCGAUUCGGCACUUGUGAUUCUCUUUUUCAACCUCUUAUCGACCUUGCCCCCGGCGUAUCUGGCAACUUGGGGCCCCAAGACAGGCAUGCGGCAGAUGAUCCAAGCUCGGUUCAGUUUUGGCUAUUACUUCGUAUACGUUCCGGUCGUCCUCAACUUGGCAACCCUUACCGGAUUCUGUGUCAUUAUCUGCGUGAUCGGAGGACAAUGUCUUUCAGCAGUCUCAGAAGGCGACCUGUCAACCGCAGUUGGAAUCGUCUUGAUCGGGAUCUCAGCACUUUUGAUAUCGUUCUGCGGGUUCAACGUGCUGCACUUCUACGAAGGCUACGCUUGGAUGCCGGCUCUGGUCGCUAUAGUCAUUGCCGUCGGCUGCGGCGGCGAGCAGCUCAAGUUGCAAGCUCCAGCCGAGCCGGCAACGGCAUCUGGGGUUCUCAGCUUUGGUGGUGUGAUCGCGUCCUACAUGAUCCCGUGGGCUUGCAUCGCGUCCGAUUUGACGACCUACUUUGAUCCCACGAAGCGACUAGUAUCCCACCGCAUCUUCGCUUACAGCUAUCUGGGACUGCUCGUUCCGACCAUUUUGCUCAUGACCUUGGGCGCAGCUAUCGGGGGUGCCAUGAGCAGCAUCCCCGCGUGGCAGGACGGCUUCAACAGCACGCUGGUUGGUGGUGUUCUCGGAGCCAUGCUUUCCCCAGCUGGCGGCUUUGGAAAGUUCAUCCUUGUCGUGCUCGCCUUCACAAUGCUCGCCAACAUCUCUGGCACAAUGUACGCCAUUACUCUGAAUUUCCAGACUCUGAUCCCUUCGUUCCGACUGCCACGAUACAUCUUCUCGGUUAUUGUGACUGCCAUCAUCAUUCCGAUCUCAAUCCGAGCGGCUCACGACUUCUUUCUCAAUCUCGAAAACUUCAUCGCGCUCAUCGGCUACUGGUCGGCCUCAUUCGUGGGAAUCGUGGUCGUUGAGCACUGGGUUUUCCGCCGCGCAAACUACAACAUGUACGAGGCUGUUAUCUGGGAAGACUCCUCGAAGUUGCCAUGGGGUCUCGCCGCGAUCGGUGCUGCCGCCCUGAGCUUUGCGCUGGUCAUUCCCUGUAUUUCCCAGGUCUGGUUUACGGGUCCUAUCGCAGUCACAACCGGAGAUAUUGGCUUUGAGGUUGCCUUCGUCCUAAGUGCUCUUCUCUACCUACCUCUGCGUUAUGCCGAGCGAAGACUUGUAGGCCGAUGA